AUUUCUUUUUUAUCUCUGACCAUGUUUCAAUCCGGUAACGGGAACAAAAAAGCGUUCCUUGAAAAGAAUAAAGCAGCCAGACUGCAGCGAGAGCAAGAGCGGCAGAAAAAAGAAGAUGAUCAAGCACUCUCACAAGCAGCUGUCAGAGUUCAAAAGUGGUGGAGGGCAAAGAAACGGUCAAGAGAAUGGUAUGAUGUCGAACGCUGGAACAUUUGGGAUGAGCAUUCGCAGCUGGACAACGAAAUGGCACCGCUACCGGGGCAGUUGUGGAAAUGCGUUUCUUUGUUCUGGAUUUUGAAUGGAAAAGAGUCUCCCACCCCACCAGCUGCUCAAGUACGAUUCCAAAAAGUGUGUAAACUCAUUCUGACAAAGAUGAGAAGAGCAGGAACACCAGCAACCACAAAUGGAACAAUUCCUUUUCACGCCUUUCUAGCUGAUAACGUACACUCUGUCAAAGCAAAAUAUAUCUUACAACGUACGCUGGAUGCAUGCUGGAGGAGAGUCACAGACGUUGAAGACGCGCCAUACCUUACUGGCCCUGAGCUUCGACUACUUUUGGUGUACAUGUCCCCAAAAACGUAUGUCCUCAGUUCCGCGGAGCAAAUAUUGGAUGGCUACUGGGUAAUGACUGGUUAUAAUCCAAAGCUCAAGGAUAUUUCGCAAGCCAUCCUAGGCGACAUCAAGCCAUACCCUCUUAUAUACAACGGAGCAUCUAAUCGGUGCUCGAAAGUUAUCAAGAUUCGAGAAAAGGCAGCAAAAUACUCGAAAGGCAUACUCGCUGAAGCUGACCGCAAAACGGUUAACAGCAUUACGCUUUGGCUGACUGCCGUCGUGCGCUGCGCAUUAUUUGUUUUUGAAAACACGAUCGAUCAAAUGAAUAAUCAGCAAAAUGCAAUGGAUCAGUUUCUUGUUCACAUCGUGGCGGUCCCUUACAUAAUGAGUAUAGUGGACAAGAACUGUCGAGACCUCAUUGCUAGCAAAGGGGUUUUACAACUGGUGACAAAAGGACGAUUUGCGCGAUCAAAGGCAAAUGAGCUAUGUAACUUACUCGGCGGAGAUGGAUGUUUGUUCUUUGUUGCAAAUAUGACAAAUAUGUAUCAGCUUUUCAUAUUGCGCAGCAGCACUAUAGACAAUUUCCCGGAGGCGUCUGAUAUGGCUAGUAUGGCAACCACCAUGUUAGAAAAGAUCAAGCCGUUUGUAUCUGCAACGCAGAGAUCAGGAUUUUCACAAUAUCAUCCGAUUUUUUCAUGGUGCUCAGUUGAGGCAAAGCGAAACAACAACCUUGCAAAUAAUGUAUACAAAGCCGUAAUGGGCCAGCUUGAAUAUCUGUGGAGCCGCCAGUUUAUCGAUUCUCUCUUCAUAGACAUUGUAUCAUUCAACGACGCUGAUUCUGGUAGGACUGGACAAGCUUCUGGUUUCAAAUCUAGGUUCUCGACGUCACCUAUCAAAAAGAAAGCGAGAGAAGUACCUGAAGCCAACGCAGAUGCCAAGGAUGCAUCAAGUGUUAGCAAAAAACCGCUUGCCGAGCUUGCAAUGGACACUGAGACUGCAUUUCGAAUGUAUUUUAUUCUGACAGAAUUGUUCCCAGAAUAUACCAAAGAUCUGUGGACGAAGGUUGCGUUCACUAAACAUUUAAUACCUCACCUAUGGAAAUUGAUGAAGAAAUUCCGUCCAAAAGACGCGGGUCUAUCCCUUUAUAUUGAAGCAGCCAAGCACAGUAUGGAUCGCAUUGAGGCUGAAGCUUUACUUGAUACAUUAAAAGGUUUCUGCGAAGGAGCUAUAAUCUUAUGCAAGACCUUGGAGGAUUCCGACUUCUUCGAAAAACAAACGCCAUUCAAAGUCAAAGAUUUAUGUGAUUUGGCUGCAUUUUUGAACGAGUUUUAUUUUGCCCUCAUACAGUCGUGUCCAGUAGACGACCAAACGAGCGCCUCAGUACCGCCUCGACUUCGACAGUUCCAGUGUGUCAGAAGGUUGCUCAUGCAAUUCUAUGAUCUAGAUGUUCGUAGGCAGUACCAGAACCCAGCUGCAUGGAUUCUUAUAACUGAUUCUACGAGACCGUUUGCCAGUCUCCCACAACAAAUUACCUUCAGAUUCCGUCCCUCUCAGCCAUCCCAGUUCUUAGCCCGCAUACGAAAUAAUGAACCCAUUGCCAAGAGAGUGUUAUACCUUAUGCCACACACUAUACCGUUUCCCACUCGCUUGGACAUCUUUAGAGACAUGAUUACUUCAGAGCGAUUAUCGGCACCUCGACGCCAAUGUCUUAUCAAGGUUCGUCGGCAAUAUUUGAUGGAGGAUGGAUACCAAAGUCUAGCGCAGCAAGGAAAGCUAGCUUGGCAAGGAGAUAUCAGAGUCUCGUUUGUUAACGAAUUAGGCGCGGAGGAGGCAGGCAUAGAUCAGGGAGGCCCAUUUAAAGAGUUCAUAUCACAGCUUAUUGCCCUUGCUUUCUCGCCUGCUUUUGGCCUCUUUUCCGCCACGUCAACUGAGAACCUCCUAUUCCCAUCCCCUACGUCCUACAUUCACGGAAGUGAUCAUUUAGAUCUAUUUAGGUUCAUGGGAAAAGUCUUAGCAAAGGCAGUGUAUGAAGGAAUUCUGGUGGAUGCGCAAUUUGCUAGUUUCUUUCUGGCGAGAAUCCUAGGACGUAAUGUAUUCUUGGAGCAACUUCAAGAGCUCGAUACAGAUGUAUCUAAAAACUUGGGGUUCGUCAAGCGGUAUGACGGCGAUGUAGAAGAUUUGUGUCUGACCUUUUCCGCCGAUAUGGACUUCUUCAAUGAGAAAAAAACAGUUGACUUGAAAUAUAAUGGGCGCAACAUAUCUGUCACCAAUGACAACCGUAUCGAAUACGUUUAUGUCAUGGCAGAUUACAUGUUAAACCAAAGAAUUCAUGAGCAAACCAAGGCUUUUAUCGAUGGAUUUAGGAGCAUCAUUGCCGAUCAAUGGAUUCGGAUCUUCUCACCUCCAGAACUACAAAGAGUUAUUUCUGGAGAAAAUGUCGAUUUCGAUGUGUCGGAUCUUAGGAAUCAUACAGAAUACCAGAAUGGCGGCUUUGAUCAACAUCCAGUCAUACGAAUGCUAUGGCAAAUAUUGCAAGACUUCAACUCGCAGGAGAAAAGAGCGUUUCUCAAGUUUGUUACUAGUUCACCCAAGCCUCCACUAGGUGGCUUUGAAUAUCUCCAACCACCAUUUACCAUCCGAAUCGUAGCGAUAUCGGGAGACAGUAAUUUAGCGGGCAUAAAAUAUGUCAAGAACAUGUUUACAUCUGGCAACUCUAAAGAUGGGAGAUUGCCAAGUAGUUCAACAUGGUAGGUAAAUGAACGACAUGGUGGAUAUGCAUACUUGGUUGCUAAUAGCAUGCUGUCUCCUUUGUUUGCAGCUUCAAUCUAUUAAAAUUGCCGGCCUAUUCGAAGAAAUCGGUCAUGCGG